GAUGUCCUGUAACGCCAGCGUUACGCGUCUCCAUCUGUCCUCGUUGAGACGGGCGGACAAAGCCCCGGUCCACCUCAUGCCCUGCGAGAUUGAGCACGACGGACUCGCCCAGGUCUCGCAGUAUUUCACCGCUACGACAAAACAAGACAAAAAAGAGAAGACGGUGUCGUUCAGAGGACGUGGGUUAAAGGGACAGGAGAUCAGCUGUCCUCAGGGCUACACGGGCCUGGUCCUGAAGGAGGUCGACAGACACGGCUCUGACCAGGAGGACCGGACGGUGAAGGUGACCUCAGUGUUUGACAAGCUGACCUACUGGAACCUGGAAACUCCUCCCACUUCGGACGACACCGUGGUGAUGGCGAUGGACUGGCCUGAGCUGGCUGAGGCGAUCCAUGGGACAGUUGACUGAAGACAUUUGAGACUCCCUGUUAGGUGGAAGUGAUACGUGCAUAUCGAUGCGUAAAACCCGACUGACAUUUUUGUUUGGUCACCACUUCAGAGCAAU